AGCAAAAUAUUAAUGCAUUUGUAAAUAUUAUUAACAAAAGCUUAAUUUUUCGUGAUGCUUAUAGAGAUCUGACUGCACUCAAGGCUGGGUUACCACAAGAAUAUAAUGUUGCAAAUGUUAAAAAAAAUAUAAAUGAGGAAAUGUGUAAAAAUAUACCAAUUUUUGUUUUAGAUCUUAAAAAAAGUUCUCUUACAACAAAUGAAAUAUCUCAUAUUAUUGAUAAGAACAUUGAAGAAGAGAUAUUACAGUAUGUUGGAAAA